CGCCCCGAGGCUGGUGCCGGCUGCUGGGCGCCCUGGGACCGCGGGGACCCGCUCGAGAGAGCGACCUGCCCCCCCGGCCGGGACCUGCCGCGCCGCCGCGGCGAGGGCCGAACGCCCGGCUCCCACCGGUUCGGCGGGAAGCGCGAGUCCGAGCCGCAACUGCCGGGGAGGGAGAGCGCGCCCGCCGGUACCGCUCUCUAGGCUGCCUCCCGGCCCCGGCCGCCCCGCCCGGCUCUUCGGGCUCCUCGCACUGCGGAGGCAGCGGGCGGUGGGCAGCCCCAGCCCCUCCGUGGUCCCGCGCCUCUGCUGGGUGCCCCAUUUUAGCCCUCGAGUGAGCGUCCCGUUGGGAGUCCUCCUGGGGUCUCCCUUCGCCCCCUAGGCUGCAGGAUGGUGUCCUGGAUGAUCUGUCGCCUGGUGGUGCUGGUGUUUGGGAUGCUGUACCCAGCUUAUGCUUCCUACAAGGCUGUGAAGACCAAGAAUAUUCGUGAAUAUGUCCGGUGGAUGAUGUACUGGAUUGUCUUUGCCAUCUUCAUGGCAGUGGAGACCUUCACAGACAUCUUUAUCUCCUGGUUCCCUUUCUACUAUGAGAUCAAGAUGGCUUUCGUGCUGUGGCUGCUGUCACCCUACACCAAGGGGGCCAGCCUGCUCUACCGCAAGUUUGUCCACCCGUCCUUGUCCCGCCAUGAGAAGGAGAUUGACACCUACAUCGUGCAGGCCAAGGAGCGCAGCUACGAGACGGUGCUCAGCUUUGGGAAGCGAGGCCUCAACAUUGCCGCUUCAGCUGCUGUCCAGGCUGCCACCAAGAGUCAGGGGGCACUGGCGGGAAGACUGCGAAGCUUCUCCAUGCAGGACCUGCGUGCCAUUCCCGAUGGCCCUGCCCCUACCUACCAGGACCCACUCUACCUGGAGGACCAGGUACCCCGCCGCAGGCCACCCAUCGGGUACCGGGCAGGGGGUUUGCAGGACACUGACAGCGAGGAUGAGUGUUGGUCAGAUACAGAGGCGGUCCCUCAGCCACCAGCCCGGUCCCGAGAGAAGCCUUUGAGCCGCAGCCAGAGCCUGCGUGUGGUCAAGAGGAAACCCUUGAUACGGGAGGGCACCUCACGCUCCCUGAAGGUUCGGAUGAGGAAAAAGACCAUACCCUCCGACAUGGACAGCUAGGGCCGGCAGUGCCUGACCCACACUCCCCUGGUGCCAUGCAGGGCAUUGGGAACUGUGUGGAGGGGACCUCUGGCUGCACAUCUGACUGCCUGUACCAGCCCGGUCCUGCCCUCCUGGCUCCACUGCUGGUUAGGGACCAGGGCAGGUGCUUCCAGGCUGUGCCCAGGGAUGCACCCACAAUAAACCAAAGCAGGCGGGCCCAGGGUUCUAUUUAUUGCCUUUCUCAUCUCUCUACCUUCCCAGGUUUGGGGUCAGAACUCUCCCCAGACCCUUGCAAAUGAAAUCAGAUGCCCAAGUUCAUUCCUUCCUGUCCUUCAAAGUACUUGAUGGCCUUUUCCAAGGCGUUGUGUGUGUAUCGGGUUGUAUGUUUUGUGUCGGUGAAUGAGCUCAGAUUUUGUGCAAGUUUUGAUAAAUAAA